AUGCCAACCAAGGCUCUCGGAGAAACUUUGAACGAGUACAUCGUCGUUGGACGUAAAAUCCCAACCGAACGUGAACCGGUGACACCAAUCUGGAAGAUGCAAAUCUUCGCCACCAACCACAUCAUCGCCAAGUCACGAUUCUGGUACUUCGUCUCUAUGCUUCGUCGUGUGAAGAAGGCUAACGGAGAGAUCCUCUCAGUUAAACAAGUGAGUUUUGUCUCAAGUAAAUAUUGAUUCAAUUUAAACUAUUUUUAGAUCUUCGAGAAGAAGCCAGGUACCGUCAAGAACUACGGAGUCUGGUUGAAGUACGAUUCCCGUACCGGACACCACAACAUGUACCGUGAGUACCGUGACACCACUGUCGCUGGAGCCGUCACCCAAGCCUACCGUGACAUGGGAGCUCGUCAUCGUGCCCAAGCCGACCGUAUCCACAUCCUCAAGGUCCAAACCAUCAAGGCCGAAGACACCAAGCGUGCCGGAAUCAAGAUGUUCCACGACUCGAAGAUCCGAUUCCCACUCCCACACAGAAUCACCAAGAGAAGAAACCUCAACCUCUUCACCACUGCUCGCCCACAAACCCACUUCGCUUAA